AAGUCAAAGACGGCAGAUCCUGAAAGCACAGUCAUAAACACUGAUGUGAAACAGAAAGAUCUCAGUGAGGCACUCGUCAUUGCAGUGACCACCAGGGCCAUCUUCAGCCUGGAGGAGGAGCACAGGCUCUACCUAGAGAAGGGCAAGGAGGAGUACACAAGGCACCAGCAGGCCAACCAGGACAAGCCCCUGCCACCAGGCACAGCCUUUGCCUUCAUCCAGGCAGUGCAGCAUGUGAACAAGAAGAUCCUGGAGAGCAACCCAGCAGAGAAGGACCUCUUUGAUAUCCUGGUGCUCUCGAACAACAGCCCUGAGAGUGGUGUGCGCAUCAUCAACAGUGCCAAGCACUAUGGCCUGGAAAUCUCCAAGUUCUGCUUUGUCAGCAAUGAAGACUCUACACAAUGCCUGAAGUCCCAUGGGGUCAAGCUCUUUCUCUCAGCUGACAGGACAGAUGUCUGCAAUGCCCUCCAGAGAGGCGUCUCAGCAGCGCUCGUCUUCCAGCAGGAGGUGCAGGUCCCCAGCAUCCCGCUCUGUGUGGUGUUUGACGGGGAUGCCGUGCUCGUCUCCAACAAGACAGACCAGAUCUUCCAAGAGCAGGGGCUGGAAGAGGCAGUGCAGUAUGAGCAAGCAAUGGAGGAUGUGCCCAUGGGAGAGGGUCCCCUGAAGGCUUUUGCCAUGCACCUUGGGAAGAUGUGCAAGAAAUUCAGCCAGGAAAAAUUCCCCAUCCGCACCUACCUGGUGACUGCCCGCAGUGGCCGGGACAUGGGCAUCCGAGCCAUCAAGACACUGCAGGAAUGGAGUCUGGAAAUUGACGAGGCUUUCUUUAUGGACAGGGCUCCCAAGGGCCCUAUCCUUGCCCAGAUCCAGCCCAUUUUCUUUGACGAUGGGCUUCAUAACAUCCAGGGAGCUCAGAAUGUGGGUGUACCCUCUGCCUGGGUCCCCUCCUGCUGCUGAUGGGCUGCAGGCCAGCUGCCCUCCUUCCUAGCAGCACAGGGAACUGGGCCAAUUGAAGACACACCUUCUGGGAUGGAGAGGGGAGAAUUUCCUAACCUGCACCAAGCAAACCUCAGGGAAAGGGGCAAGAGCAUUGCAUGAGAGCAUGGACUACCAGGCAAGACUUGGUGCUCAUUUCUGCUCUUCAUAUGAGGUCCUUGAAGUCUUAGGAUAAAGCCAAAAGAUGCAACUACUCCACAAAGGAAGGACACUUUUACCGUGAGACUGAGAACUACCACCUACCUGCCCUGUAGGAUCUGGGGACCUUUCUGCAAAGAAAUAAAUGAACCUAUUGCCACACACAUGAGCUAAAAGAAGCAUAAAACCAAGCCAUAAAAACAUUAGCUUUGGGUGUGUUCAGAUGGUCUUAAAGAUUUAUUUCCAGGACCUCUGCCCAAAGGAAGCCUUCGAGACCCUACCUUCCCAGACGCGCUCAACUUGUUUUACUGAAGAAGCUGAUAAGCUAGUAAGUUCAGGCAGCUCCAGCCAAACUCAGCAGAGGGGAAAAGGCUCCAAAGCUCUAAAGGACCUAUAAGCUUUUUAGAAACGGGUGACCAGGUUGAAGAAAGCCCAGCUAUUCCCCCUUAUAAAAAAGAUUACAGCAUAA